UUUCUUUACUCUCCAAACCACUUCUUUUUUUUUACUUCAUAAGCAAGCGGCAUCCUAUCCCAUUAAGCCUCUUGCCGUUUGAACUAAAGGAAAAACACCCCCCCUUCUCUUUCUCCCUCUUCGCAUCUUAUCCGUCGUCACACACAUAUAUCACCCUUUUCUCAUUUUGUAUUAUAUCACUCGGCAUAAAUAAUGGCAUCGAUCCGCAACAACGACAAUAAGAACAACAAUAGCGACGGCCUCCAACUCGACGUUCGACACCUUUCGUCCAACUCGCUUAUCGCUGCUAUCCCACAACUCUUCCAACUGGCCAGCAGUCGGUCACCUGCUGCUGUUCAUGUCGCGGCCGAUCAGUCUGCCGACGCCAUUGCCAAGGUCAUGGCCGUGAGCCAGAGCGGUCUUGCCUUGCUCGUUUCAACCUCGGAACAAGAAGCGCGUGAUCUGGCAACGAUUGCUCACGCCGCAUCCAUCAAGACCCGCACAGCAUUCUUGCACUUUUACGACAACCAACUAAAACGCGUUGAGCCCGACACAGCACUGGUGCAGAAGCUGGUGACGGAAGAGGAUCUUGAAAAGUAUAAGCAGGAAGAUGCAGCACCUCAACAACAAACAGCUUAUCUCCGAUACAAAUCUGCCAAACCGGAGGAAUCCGUCGAUGUGUUUGGAUCAUUGCAGCAAGUCUUGGAGCAGUUCUCGUCCGUCGUUGGCCGCUCCUAUGCUCCAUUCUCCUAUGUCGGUCACCCCGAGGCAGAGCAUGUGAUCGUCUCAUUAGGCGCUGCUGCUGAUGCUGCUGAGAAGCGCGUCCAAGAGCUCAAGGACCAGAAGGUCGGUGUGCUCAAGGUCCGUGUCUUCCGUCCUUUCUCGGCCGCCGAAUUCUUCAACGCCAUUCCCAAGUCCGUGAAGCGCAUCGCUGUCUUGGAACCCCAGGAUUAUACCGCUUCGUGGAACCCAGUUUUUUUGGAGGUCGCCGCGGCCUACCAAGUUGCUGGUGACAGUGAGGUUGAUAUUGCCGGUGCUCAAUAUGCUGCCACUGUCUCGGCCAAGGACGUCGAUGCUGUGCUCGCUCAACUUGAGAAGCCUACCUUGGAGCGCCGCUUCGUUGUUGCCGAAAAGGCUGCUGAUUCGGCCAAGCCAGCCCAGCAACAGACUCCCAUAGAGACACCCUAUGUCAAGCUUUUGGACCAAGUGUUCCAGGAUCGUCUGGAAAUUGCCAACGCCGUCAACAGCGAGUCCGUGUGGGCACCCAACGCUUCCAAGCCCGAGACCGCCACUCCCGAGUAUGGCUACGGUAAAUUGAUCAGCAAGAUCCAAGAGCGUGCCCGCUUCAUCGACGCUGUCGAGAAGGCCGUCAAAGAUACCAAGCUGGCCGUCGAAGCACAAAAGACGCUUUCGCACUGGCUGUUGCUCGCCAAGUCUGACAAGUACCAGCCCGAAAAGACGGACGUGGCUGCAGAAGCCGUGGUCAAGACCCUCGAGGCUCAGGGCGACAAGACUUUGUUGGCUCAGAAGGAUUUGUUGCGCGAAAAGUCCAACUGGUUGGUCGGAUCCGACUCGUGGGCUUAUGACUUGGGUCAGUCUGGUGUGCACCACGUUUUGACCUCUGGCGAGAACGUCAACAUGCUCAUUGUCGAUACCACCCCUUACUCAUCCGAGGUGGAUCGUGAGCAGCGCAAGAAGGAUAUCGGUCUGUACGCCAUGAACUAUGGUGAGGCCUAUGUUGCUUCCGUUGCCAUCUACUCGUCGUACACUGGUGUCUUGCACGCUUUGCUUGAAGCCGAUUCCUUCAAGGGUCCCUCUAUUGUCUUGGCCUACUUGCCUUUGGCUGAAUCGCGCGACUCGCUCAAGACCCUCAAGGAAACCAAGGUCAGCGUCGACAAUGGCUCGUGGCCCUUGUACCGAUGGAACCCUGCUUUGGAGAAGGAGGACAAGGAGUCAUUCACUUUGGACUCGCAGCGUAUCAAGAAGGAUCUCGAGACUUUCCUCAAGCGCGAGAACCACUUGACGCAGUUGGUUGCUCAGAACCCCGAUUUUUCCAAUGCUCUUGUGAGCUCCGUUGAGUCGGAUGUCAAGAAGCGCCACAAUGCUUUGAAGUCCAAGGCUCGUGAGGAUUAUGCCAAGUUGCUUUCUGGUUUGUCUGGCGGUGCCAACGGCCCUCCUCUCACUGUCUUGUUUGGUUCGGACAACGGCAACGCUGAAGGUUUGGCCAAGAAGGUUGCUACACGCGCCAAGUCCCGCGGUUUGAAGGUCAAGCUGAUGGCUAUGGAUGACUAUGGAGAUAUCCAGGACCUUGCCGGUGAAACCAACCUCGUCGUCAUUAUCUCGACUGCCGGCCAGGGUGAGAUGCCCUCGAACGCCCGUGAAUUCUGGAAGGCAUUGAACGGUUUGAUUGUGGGUGAUAUCAACUUGGGCGAGCUGCGCUAUGCCAUCUUUGGUCUUGGUGACAGCCACUACUGGCCUCGUGAGGAGGAUGCCAUUUUCUACAACCGUCCUGGCAAGCAGAUCGAUGCCAAGCUCGAAACGCUCGGUGCUGGUCGCUUGACUGACCUUGGCAUGGGUGACGAUCAGGAUGCCGACGGUUACGAGACCGGUUUCCAGGCAUGGCAGCCUGAGUUGUGGAAGGCUCUUGGUGUCAAGGAUAUCGGCGCUGAUGACGAACCUCCCAAGCUUACCGACGAUCAGAUGAAGAUUGAAUCCAACUAUUUGCGCGGUACCAUUGCCGAGGAUCUCCGUGACGAGUCCACGGGCGCUAUUUCCGAAAUCAACGGCAAGUUGCUCAAGUUCCAUGGUUCUUACGGCCAGGAUGAUCGUGAUAUCCGUGAGGAACGCAAGAAGCAAGGCUUGGAGAAGGCUUUCAGCUUCAUGAUUCGUGUGCGUAUGCCUGGUGGUGUGUCCAGUCCCGAGCAGUGGAUCGCCAUGGAUGACCUCGCAGACAAGUACGCUAACGGUGCCAUCAAGAUGACCACCCGUCAGGCCUUCCAAUUGCACGGUAUUCUCAAGCGCAACUUGCGUUCCACUAUCCGUGGCAUCAACCAUUCUUUGUUGAGCACUUUGGCUGCCUGUGGUGAUGUCAACCGUAACAUCAUGGUCACUACCGUUACUGAGAUCCCUGAGAUUCACGCCCAGGUACAAAAAUUCGCUCACGAGGAGCUCAUGCCCCACCUUGCUCCCAAGACUACUGCCUAUCACGAAAUCUGGCUUGCUGAUGAAAUGGUUGCUGGUCACGCCGUACAAGACUUUGAGCCGCUCUACGGUCCUACCUACUUGCCACGCAAGUUCAAGAUUGUCGUCGCUGUGCCACCAAACAACGAUGUCGAUGUUUACGCUCACGAUCUUGGUUUCAUUGCCAUUGUCGAAGACAAGACUGUGGUUGGUUACAACGUCACUGUUGGUGGUGGUAUGGGUCAAACCCACGGUAACAAAAAGACAUAUCCUCGUCCUGCUACUAUGUUUGGCUACGUUGCUGCCAAGGAUGCUUUGGCUGUUGCCGAGGCUGUCAUGACCACUCAGCGCGACUAUGGCUGCCGUACCAACCGUAAGCACGCCCGUCUCAAAUACACCAUCGACGACCACGGUGUGGAGUUCUUCAAGUCCGAGGUCGAGAAGCGCAGCGGUGUCACUUUCGAAGCCGAGCGACCGUUCGAGUUCCGUGACAACGCCGAUCAUUAUGGCUGGUGCAAGGGUGUCGAGGACAAGUGGCACUUUGGUAUGUUCAUUGAAAACGGCAAGGUCAAGGACUGGCCUGAUUUCCCUGUCAAGACUGGCUUGCGCGAGUUGGCCAAGUGGCACAAGGGUGAGUUCCGCUUGACGCCCAACCAGCAUUUGGUGAUUGCCAACGUACCCGAGGCCGACCUGGAAAAGACCAAGCAGCAUUUGGCCAAGUACAAGAUGGACAACAUCCAGUUCACUGGUCUGCGACUGAACGCCAUGGCCUGUGUUGCUCUGCCCACCUGUGGUUUGGCCAUGGCCGAAUCUGAACGCUACCUGCCCACUUUGGUUGGCCACUUGGAGUCUGCAGUAGAAGAAGCUGGUCUGCGGGAUGAUGCCAUCACUAUCCGUAUGACUGGUUGUCCCAACGGUUGUGCCCGUCCUUACUUGGCUGAAUUGGCCUUUGUCGGCAAGGCACCUGGUGCAUACAACGUAUACCUGGGUGGUGGCCACAAGGGUGAACGUUUGAACAAGUUGUACAAGGAGUCUCUGCGUGAAGAGGAGAUUCUGGCCGAGAUCAAGCCUAUCAUCAAGCGCUAUGCAGCCGAACGGAAUCAGGGCGAGCCUUUCGGUGACUGGGUCAUCCGUGCUGGAUACGUCAAGAAGACCAUCACUGGUCUGGAUUUCCAUGAUUUGUGAAUAGAAUAAUAUCAAAAAUGGCAUUAUUAGUAGUUGUAACAUCUUUCUCUUUUUGCUUGAACCACCAAAACAUAUCUUCUUUCUCUUCAUG